AUGGUGUCGCCAUUCCUUCCCCCGGCUCCGACGCCGCCUGUCAACAAUAGCAGCAGCCAGGGCCCAGUUUCGAACCGCGAUCGAACUGCCGGUCUUCUCAACCUCCUCAAGUUCAGUGGUAAAGGUUCCCAGCCGAUUAUCGCACCCGAGGAAGAUCACCUCGAAGGCCCCGGUCCUCUAGGCCAUCAGCAUCCGGUUGGUGGGCCAUCCUACAACAUCCCCCACCAUGUCGGCCCCCAGAGCCAUCAUAGCCACCAGAGCCAUCAUAGCCAUCCUUCCCAGCAGUCCCCUCAUCAUGAAAUUGUGAACGUGGCUAUCCCUCGACAGGCACUUCCUCUCUUGGCCCCUGCACCGUCCAGUGCGGAUCCGUCGGGUCUUUUGGCUGCCCUUAUGAAGGGCAUGCGCGCGCCCGAUGAGCAAGAUGACCAGCAGGAGCACCAUUCGCCUCCCGUUCAACCUCACGCAACCGCCGCACAUGGUAGCUUUGGCCCGUCCUCGCCAUCGUCGGACACUCGAGCUUAUCUUCUCGAUCUGCUCAACCGGCCAAAGCCGAGCCAAGACGAUCAGCAGUCUCAAGACCAGAGGAGUUCUGGCUACAACAGCUAUUCCAUGGCGAGCAAUGGACACGAGGGUCGUGGGCCUCAGCCUCAUCCCGGCCAGUUCCCGCACCAGCAGCAUAGCACUUGGUCGUAUCAUAGCCAGCCUUCAGAUCAUGGUUCCCCCGGCUCUUUUAGCCAAUCUCUUGGGGGUGAUCACUACGCCAAUCAGGCGCCCUUCCAGAUUUUGAAAAAGGCCCAUCCUUCCGAGUCUCCCAAUGACUUCCACGACCUCAAUGACACCCAUCGUCAGAGCCUCAGCCCCACCGAUACGCGUCGAAAGACUGAUCAUGGCUUGGCCGAUGAAGAUGAUUUUGUUGAACAUGGCCGUUCUUUGGAGGCGUCGGCGCAGCCUGUCCUUGAUCAAGGCGAGGAUCAUUCCAUCAACCCCACCAAUGACCAUUCUGAACCAGCUUCUGCCGACUUUGAGACCAUUGACAACUUGGCGGAAUCGGAUUUGAAGGCUGAGGCUGAAACUGCCCAUGGCCUCGCUGAUGUUGACGAUGAUGAUAAGUCGCCUCGUGGCGAUUUCCGUGAUUCGAAAGAUUCAUCUGCGUCGUCCCCAAGCAUGGUCUCCCCGGACCUCGAGCUCCAUGAUCACACCCAGGCUGUUGCCGAUAGUUGGGAUAGCGCGGAUGCCGAAGACGCUGCCUUUAUUGCAGAUGACUCGUAUGCUCCCGUCAAAGUUUAUGACUUCCCGAUGCAGCCUUGGAUUUCCAUCACCAUGACUGAUGGAGGUAUCGAGGACCGCCCCGAGUUCCGUGAUGGUGCGAUUAUGGAUAUUGCUCGGUUGAAGAAGGAAUUUGACCAGAUUGAUCGCAAUCUGCAGGAUGAUGGUAAGGACGUCAAGAUCUUUUCCAAUACCAAGGAUCGCAUAUUCAACAUCUCCAUGUCCAUCACCCCCAGCGAUCAUACGGGUAUCCACCGAGAGGCAAUCAUGGGCACAGGCGUCAGCGGGACCGUUUACUGGGUUCAAAUUCUCGAGAGUGACAAGGAUCACAUUGAAGAUGCUCACCCGGAGCAAUACGGGUUUGCGCUUCCUCCUUUAAGCUCUCAAGAAGGAGAUACGUCGGGCGGGGUUCUCAAAACACGCGCCAGGGUGUCAUCCUGCCAUCCCGAGUUCUUUGCCGUUGGCCGCGGCAAAUCCAUCACCAUCGUCUGGCCCUAUUUUGUCAUGCAGAACACAUUCUUCAAACCCGGACACGAUCGAGUCGUCGACGCAGAAAAGCUUGCUAAGCAAUGCUCACUGAAGAUCAACACUGGUAAGGCUGGAAAGGACUUCACUUUCAGCCAAGAUGAUUCGGUCAUCGUCUCUCUGGACAAGUCUGGCCGCGUCAAGUUCUGGGAUGUGAGGGAACUCACCCUAGCCCGGGAAGAUGGCGACCCCAACCGUCCUUUGCCCGCUCAUAGCUCUUUCGAGAUCAAGGACCCCCUCAUGACUCUUGCCAGCACUCCCGAUGGAGAAAAGGCUUGGCCCACCUCGGUGCUCCUGCUUGAUAAGAUCAAGCCGUACCAAAAGAGGUGCGCUCUUCGAUACAUGAUUGUUGGCAUGAAGCAGAACCAUACCCUGCAGCUGUGGGAUUUGGCGCUUGGCAAACCCGUUCAGGAGUUCAACUUGCCUCAUAGCAAGGAAUCAGAUGCGGUGUGCAGUGUUACGUACAACCCCGCUACCGGCAUGAUCGUCAUCGGCCACCCCACCAGAAACUCCAUUUACCUGGCUCACUUGUCCGCCCCCAAGUACACGUUCAAGAAUAUUUCUCAGGCUGAGUACAUCUCUCGACUUGGCAUGAAGGAUCCUACAAUCCCUGCCCCCGAGUCAACCGCUGUAAUUAGCGGCGUACGCGAAUAUUCGUUUGAUAACAGGGGCGUGCUGAGGAGUCUUGACAUGCUAUCUACCCCCGCUAUGGCUCAAGAUAGCGACGAGCCGACCCUCUUCGAGCUUUAUGCCAUGCAUUCCCGCGGUGUUGCCUGCGUCCUCGUCCGCCAGCGUGAGCUUGGCUGGUCCAAGGAUAACAAGGUGAUUGAUGGUGUAGAGGCUCUCAAGGCAGGUGUUAUUGAAGUUGCUCCCCUCAAGUCCCUGCCUGCUCAGCCUCUUGAUGAGCCGGUCCAGAAUAAGCAGCAGGCCCGCUCAGGCAAGGAUGCGCCCCAGCAAGAGGACCUGGUACGGAAAUUACCAGAUUCUGUUAGCCCUGCCAAAAUUCAGAUGCGCAAGGAUGCGGACGGCGCUACGAACGCACCCUCUCCCGCCGGCGCUCUUGACAAGUCGGAGAAGAGGGGCCGCAAGAAGAAGAAUGCCGCGGCACAGUCUGGCACUACAGACGCUCCCGCUAACGGCGCGAACGCUCAGCCGGCAGCCAAGGGAAGUGCACCCUCUGCGAAGAGUGCGAUUGACGCCACUGUUAAGGGCAUGGAGAACCGCCUGAACGCAUCCAUAAGCCAAGUCGUUGAAACUGCGAUUGGUGGCCUCAACGGCACUAUCGUCGCUCGCGAGGCCGACUUUGAUUCGCGUCAGCUGAAGUUGCUAGAUGUUGUAUCGGAGGUUCUGAACCAGAAUGUCCAGAAUGUCCUUGGGGAUAUCAUCAGCAACCAGUUUUCAGGCUCCGUCAUCCCCUCCAUUGCGGAUGCUACCAGCAAGGCUGCAGCGGAGCAAGUGAGCAUCAAGGCUAUGCACACUAUCCAGAAGGAACUCAGCAAGGCUUUGCCUACUAUCGGCGAGAAGGUUGUCAUGAACGAUGGACUUGUAGAUGCCCUUUCUGAGAAGAUCAGCACUCGCGUGGCUAGCAAGGUGGAAGCCGAGGUCAUGCGAGGACUGUCCACGACUCUCAUGCCUGCCAUCAAUAAUGUGACGAUUCAGACCACGCAUCGCGUUGCGGCUGAGAUUCAACAGCAGUACCAGGAGGAGAUUGACCGCCUAGACACCCAACGUCGCUCAGACUCGAACAAGAUUGACCAACUGUUAUCGCUCGUCACUCGUCUGUCUGACACUGUUUCCACGAUGGCGGCCGCACAAUCUAAAUUCCAGGGCGAGUUCCUCAAGUUCCAGCAGCAGACCAUCGCUGAGCGUGAGCACAGUGCUCAUGUCAACACCGUGGCGACCCUUGAGAAUUCGGCGGACCAGACUCCCGGGUCUGCCCAUGACAUGGAACUCAACCACACCAUUUCAACGAUUGCCCAGUCUGUGCAGGACGGUCGGUUGGAGGAAGCCAUCAUUCGCUGGCUCCAGAGCGGAAGCGAGGACGAGAUUUUUGCUCGCUACUGGUCUAAAAUGAGCCCCGUUCACCUCCGCGAUCUCCCUCCUCUGGUACAACUGUCGGUGGCAACCACCGUUUCCCAACAUCUCGACACGGCGUUGGCUCGGCAGAAGGCGGCUUGGCUGGAAACGUCAGUCCACUGCCUCAUGAACAAUGUGCCCACCUUUGACCAACAAGUUCGAGAAGUUACGCCCAACAUCAUGAAGCUCGUUAUCAGCCGUUCGGAGAACCUUAUGAUGCGAAUCAGCACCAAGGACCGCCAUGACCCCAUUCUCCAGAACCUGGUACAGCUUAUCGGCACAGCCAAGCGUAUCCUGGACGCCACCACCGGUGGCCACCAUCAGUACUAA